AUGUUUUACACAUCUGACUCAUCGUUUUUAGCACACAGGAGCCUUCAUUUAUGGAAAAAGAUCGGUGAAGGGUCAUUUUCCAAGGUUUACUUGGCCAAAUUCGGAGAUACCGAGAACGAUAAAGCAACACUGAUCGCAACAAAAGUGAUCAACAAGAAUCGCGUUUCCACUAAGUUUGUGGAAAAAUUCUUACCCCGUGAACUAGACGUGAUGAUCAAACUUAGACAUCCGUUCAUAGUGCAAAUGGAAAAAAAUUUUACAUUUCGGAGGUCAUUGGUUCGAAGUAGAACAUUGAAAGAUUUGACUUCCACGUUCUUAGAACCAAAUUUUCAGAARCGCACAAAAAUAAAGACGGCUUUGCAACAUCCCUGGAUCAAAGAAGGCAAUAUCAAAAUACCCACAGAUGUGAUCGUAGCAAACGAAUCAAUUACAACUAGUUUGAGUCAACCAAUAGUCACUGAGACUUCAUUGAAGGUACCUGCAUUUCAUUAUCAAUUGUCAGAAUACGGAAAACCGAUUAGUGCUGAUAACAUUUUGUUCACGGCAGUAGCAGCGGAAAGCGGAGUUAUUAAACCUAAAUCUAAACAUAAACUAUUGAAACUGAAGAAAUAA